GACUCUGCUCGUUUCCAUGAGGCUGGGAGUUGGGGAGAGUGUGUGUCUUGAGAAAUAUCUUUCUAUAAAACCUUCUCAAGAUGGCAACAGUAAAAGAAGAAAAGCAUUUAAAAGCACAGAAUUGACAUGAGGGCCAGGGAGAGGAUAACAAAUGGAAUUUGUGUAAAUAACCUGAAAGAACUUCUACAGGAGUCUCAUACAGCAAGUAGUGUGUAAGGAAGGGAGUAGGCACCUUCAGUUAGGCUAGGAGACCUUCAAUCAAGCCUGGGAGGAAAGCACUUUGGAGGAACUAUGAACUCUCUGCAAAUGGCCAUCAGACUGUCCUGCCUGCUGUCUCAGUGUCUGACAGAGGGACUGGGAGGAACUUAGUAAAUGUGUGGGUGAUGCUGGGCUUUUAGAUCAGUAGUGUAUAAUCAACUGAAGCAGAUCGCUAGACAAUUGGGGGAUAAAGCUUGUUUCUCCUGGGGCUUUCUUCCUUUACUUCCAAGGCCAUCCCAAACUGAAUGGGAGCAACUAGAAGUAACAAAGAAUGACCGUCGGCAGAAGUGUGAAUAAGUGAGUGAUUCUGAUCGCAGAUGACUUGUGGGGGGACCAGAAUCUGGAGGGGGAGCCAGGCCUGCCCCCUGGCUGGAGGAAGAUCCAUGAUGCUGCAGGGCCCGAAGGUGGUUUGGGGACUGCGCCCCCCGAAAGGAAGAUCUUUCUCCAGCCUGGAGAGCUCUUUGGACCGGAGUAACUCUCUGACCUGGUAUGGUGAAGAAUCCUAUAUCCAGAGUCUGGAAGCAGGGGCUAAGUGCUUUGCAGUCCGUUCUCUGGGUUGGGUGGAGGUACCAGAAGAUGACCUGGCACCAGGGAAGAGCAGUAUUGCGGUCAAUAACUGUAUCCAGCAGCUGGCCCAGACGUGUAACCGGAGCCAGCCCCCAGAUGGUGCUUGGGGUGAGGGCCAGAACAUGCUGAUGAUCCUGAAGAAAGACGCCAUGAGUCUGGUGAAUCCCCUGGACCACAGUCUGAUCCACUGCCAGCCUCUGGUGCACAUCCGUGUAUGGGGCGUAGGCAGCUCCAAGGGCCGGGACUUUGCUUUUGUGGCGGGUGACAAAGACAGCUGUAUGCUCAAGUGUCAUGUAUUUCGCUGUGAUGUUCCUGCCAAGGCCAUUGCAAGUGCUCUGCAUGGGCUUUGUGCCCAGAUCUUGUCAGAACGAGUUGGGGUCAGUGGUGAUGGUGCUUGCUGUUCCCCAGACCCCAUCUCUCCCGAAGACCUUCCUCGACAAGUGGAACUGCUGGAUGCGGUGAGCCAAGCUGCUCAGAAGUACGAGGCAUUAUACAUGGGGAUGCUGCCAGUCACCAAAGCCAUGGGCAUGGAUGUGCUGAACGAGGCCAUUGGUACUCUCACCGCCCGGGGGGACCGGAACACCUGGGUCCCUGCCAUGCUCAGUGUAUCUGACUCUGUCAUGACUGCAUACCCCAUUCAGGCAGAAGCCAGUGCAGAAGAGGAGCCACUGUGGCAGUGCCCUGUGCGCCUUGUGACCUUUAUUGGUGUUGGCCAUGACCCUCACACCUUUGGCCUCAUUGCUGACCUUGGCCGUCAGAGCUUCCAGUGUGCAGCCUUCUGGUGCCAGCCCCAUGCUGGGGGACUCUCUGAAGCUGUGCAGGCUGCCUGUAUGGUUCAGUACCAGAAAUGUCUUGUGGCCUCUGCAGCUCGAGGCAAGGCCUGGGGUGCCCAGGCCCGUGCCCGCCUGCGGCUCAAGAGGACCAGCUCCGUGGACUCCCCAGGAGGUCCCCUGCCUCUCCCCCUACUCAAAGGAGGGGUUGGGGGUGCAGGGGCAGCCCCUCGAAAGCGGGGUGUCUUCUCUUUUCUUGAUGCCUUCCGGCUGAAACCGUCUCUCCUCCAUAUGCCCUAAAGUGAUAUUAGAGGGCUGGAGAAGGAGGCUCUGAAUCUGUGCCCAAGUCUAUACCCCUCUAUUCCCCAGGGGCCUGUAGCUUCUCACCUGUCUUCCUACCCCUGAUUCUUAUCUACCCUCUAUUUAUUUCCCAAUUUAUUAUUUAUAUCAGUGACUGAGAGGACCUGCACUACAACUUAGGCCCCUGGUUCCCACUUCCUUUCCUUGCGUCCCUUCGUUCCUUGCCCCCGUCCAGCCCUGGGCAAUUGGCUCUACCUCAGCAACACUUCAUAGCAAAAUCAGUGCAAAUAAAAAUCCCUCAGUGACCUCA